CUGAGGUGUUACAACUCAGUCUGUUAGAGGUACUUGGUCUGGACAGAGGACACAGCUUCAGGCAGUAUGAGGACUUUUAAGAAUAUGUUUAUCAAUCUCAUUCAAGUCCGACAUAUGAUGUCAAAACCAAAAUUUCUUAUUGAAGAAUCUUCAUAUUCAUUCCUACAAGAGCUAGGUUUACAGAAAACAAACCCAGGAGUUUACAAUGGAAAGUGGACUGCUAGUGGGGAGGUUGUAACUUCAGUUUGUCCAGCAAAUGGGAGACCUAUAGCUGAAGUUCAGCAAGGAAACAUAAAGGACUACAAUGAGUGUGUACUUGAAGCUGAGAACGCCUGGCAAAUAUGGGCUGAUUUACCAGCACCCAAACGUGGAGAAAUUGUACGGCAGAUGGGAGAUGCUCUAAGAGAAAAGCUGAUACCGCUAGGAAAAUUAGUAUCUCUUGAAAUGGGGAAGAUACUGCCAGAAGCAAUUGGUGAAGUACAAGAAUACAUAGAUAUAUGUGAUUAUGCCGUUGGUCUGUCACGUAUGUUUGCUGGGAAACUCUUUCCAUCUGAGCGUGAGGGACAUCUUCUGAUUGAAAAAUGGAAUCCAUGGGGUGUUGUUGGAGUAAUUAGUGCGUUCAACUCUCCUGUAGCAGUAUAUGGUUGGAACAGUGCUAUUGCCAUGGUAUGUGGAAAUGCUUUGUUGUGGAAGGGGGCUCCAACAACCCCUCUUGUAUCUGUUGCUACUAGCAAGAUCUUAGCAUCAGUAUUAGAAAAAAAUAAUCUUCCUGGUGCCAUUUGUUCUUUGUGCACUGGCGGAACUGACAUUGGACAAGCUAUUGCAAAAGAUACUAGGCUGCCACUGGUAGCAUUUACUGGUAGCACAAAUGCUGGCCAAAAGGUUGCAUUGCAAGUGCAAGAAAGGUUUGGUAAAUUUAUACUAGAACUUGGAGGAAACAACGCUAUUAUUGUAGAUGCAGAUGCUGAUCUUGAAAUGGCUGUCCGCUCUGUGUUAUUUGCAUGUGUAGGCACUGCAGGACAGCGCUGUACGACCACCAGGAGACUGAUUCUCCAUGAGAAGAUCUAUGAACAAGUAUUGCAGCGACUGAAAGAAGCCUAUGCUCAGAUUAUUAAAAAGAUGGGAGACCCUCUGCAGGAAGGUGUUUUGUAUGGACCAGUACACAGCUCCCAGACUGUAACUGCAUUCCAGAAUACCAUUAAAGAAGCACUGGCAGCUGGAGGUACAAUUGAAUUUGGUGGAAAUGUUGUAGAUAGACCAGGAUUUUUUGUUGAACCAACAAUUAUAACGGGACUGCCACAUGAUGCCAGUGUAGUGCAAAAGGAAACAUUUGCACCAAUUGUCUAUGCCCUGAAAACUGCAAAUGUUGAUGAGGCAAUAAAAUGGAAUAAUGAAGUUAAGCAAGGUUUAUCAUCCAGCAUUUUCACAUCAAGCCUGGAAACUGUUUUUUCAAAGUGGCUUGGGCCAAAAGGCUCUGACUGUGGGGUCGUGAAUGUGAACAUCCCAACAAAUGGAGCUGAAAUUGGAGGAGCAUUUGGUGGGGAGAAGCACACUGGUGGUGGCCGUGAAUCUGGUUCUGAUUCCUGGAAACAAUACAUGAGGCGUGCUACUGUGACUAUUAAUCACAGCAAGCAGUUGCCUCUUGCUCAGGGCAUUAAGUUUGAUCUAUGAAACAUAAUAUGUGUAAAAUGACCUCCAUUAACAGAUGUUUGAAAAUUUCGUAUUACGAAUCACAUCCAAAACCUAUGACUAGCCUCUUAUAAAAUGAAAACAGGUUUGUCUUGAUAUGAUAACUUUUGUUUCAUUGAAGGAAAUAUUUCAUUUGAUAAGUACUUUUUUAUAGGUACAAGGUGGGCAAAAUAAAACCGUCCUGGAAAUAUUUCAUGCACGUUAAGAUAUACAAUAAUACUCACAUCAUCUACAAUUGGGCUGGACAAUGUAAGAUAGGUUGUCUAUAUUAAGGCUCAUGGAAUAGUUUUCUGGGUGAGUUUUAUUUUUUCUAACCUUACUUUGAAACUGAAACCAGAAAACAUUUUAUAUUAUGUACACUACAAUAGACUGAUAACAGGCAACUAUGUUAAAUUGGAAUGAGUUACUAUGGAAUACAUUCAGAAAAUAAAGUUUAAGUGAUUGCCUAAAUUAA